AUGGCCUCGUCUUCCAAUUCUUCGUGCUCAGCGUGUAAAUUUGUUAGGCAAGAAUGUAAUCAACAUUGUCUCUAUGCUCAGUCGUUCCUGGUUGAUGACGUAACCAAGAUGGCCACUGUAUAUAACGUAUUCAAUGGAAAUUACGUUGACGAGUUACUUAAGAAGCUAUCCCCGGCACAAACGAAAGACGCAAUCAACUUUCUCUACUACGAGGCAGCCGUGAGGCUUACCGAUCCUAGGUACGGGUGUUUAGGUCGUAUUCUAAGUCAACAACGAAAGGCGAAUCAGGCGCUCCAGGCGCUCCAGGCGCUCCAGGCCAAUACAGACCUCCCUAUAGACCCAAUGCUCCCUCCCAGUUAUCUUCAAGAUCAGCAGCAGCAGCUCUAUAGUGGCUAUUUCGGAACUACUUCAGUAUCUGAGGGAAUGCCUUUGAUUCCGUUAGACAAUCAUCAAUCACAACAGUAUGCACAACAGCUCUAUAGUGGCUAUGUUGGAACUACUAGAUCAUCUGAAGGAAUGUCUUUAAUUCCGUUGGACAAUCCUCAACCACAACAGUAUGCACAGCCGCAACAGAUAGAUGUAGCUGAUGAGGUUAACCGCCUCCGUCUGUUUUCUUAG